AUGGAGUUUGAUUCCGGUUCCGCUGAACUGAACCAGCGGAUAGCCGACUGGCUGCGAUGGGAUAAGAACGAAAAAACAUCCGACGAAAUACGCGGCCUAGCGGAGCGCAAGGAAUGGAAAGUGCUGGCCGGACGGUUGCUACAACGGCUCACAUUCGGUACGGCUGGUUUGCGGGGCGUCAUGCAGGCCGGUUUCAACGCGAUGAACGAUCUGGUGGUGAUUCAAUCGGCACAAGGAUUGGCCAAGUACCUCCUGCAAUGCUAUCCGACGGUGGAGGAGCGUUCUCGCGGUGUCGUUCUUGGUUACGACGGGCGGUACAAUAGCAAAAGAUUCGCCGAGCUGAGUGCCUGCGUUUUCCUCCACGAAAACAUUCCGGUUUGGUUGUACAGCCGAACAGUGGCCACUCCUUUCGUACCGUUCGCCGUGCUGGAGUUAAAAUGUCUCGCCGGUAUUAUGGUGACCGCUUCGCACAACCCGAAGGAGGACAACGGCUACAAGGUGUACUGGACGAACAGCGCUCAGAUCAUUCCACCGCACGACAAAAACAUCCAAACAUCUAUUAUGGAUAAUCUCGAGCCGCUUGAAUCGUCCUGGAACCUCGAGCUGCUGCUCUCGGAGAAACUUAACGAUCCGUACGACCAGAUGGUUGAGCUGUACUUCCGUAAACUUCAAGCGAACGUACCACGGCCGUUCAUCAACGAGUACAACGCCGGCAGCCCGGUACGCUUCGUCUACUCGGCCAUGCACGGCGUCGGUUAUCCGUUCGUAGAGAAAGCGUUCGAGUGCGCCCGGUUGCCGGCGAUCAUUGCCGUGCCGGAGCAGCGUGAUCCGGAUCCCGAGUUCCGCACGGUGAAAUUCCCGAACCCCGAGGAGGGCAAGUCGAGUCUGGUAUUAUCAAUGCAGCUCGCAAACGAAACCGGAUGCGACGUGAUACUGGCUAACGAUCCAGACGCCGAUCGGUUGGCCUGUGCCGAAAAAGAUGCCAAGGGUGAAUGGCGUGUAUUUAGCGGAAAUGAAUUGGGCGCUCUGCUGGGCUGGUGGUCCAUCCGAUGCUACCGGGAGCAGAAUCCGGAGCAGAGCCUGUCCGACUGCUAUCUGAUAGCGAGCACGGUGAGCAGCAAGAUGUGCCGCUCGAUAGCAAACAUUGAAGGACUUAAUUUCAUCGAAACACUGACUGGCUUCAAGUGGAUGGGUAAUGAAUCGGUCGAGCUGCUGUCCAAAGGAAAAACGGUAUUAUUUGCGUUUGAGGAAGCGAUCGGAUUUAUGUUCUCCCCAACCGUCCUCGACAAAGACGGUGUCAGUGCGGCGUGCCACCUGGCUACGAUGACCUGCUACUUGCGUGCCACCUCUAACAUGUCGCUGGCCGACAAGCUCAACGAGCUGUACGAUAUCUACGGGUUUCAUUGUACACUGACUUCGUAUCACUUUUGCUACGAGCCGCCCGUUAUCGAGCGUAUCUUCAAGCGCAUCCGGAACAUGGGACCGUCCGGGGACAAUGCUGCGGACCGGAACUAUCCUCAGCACAUUGCCGGCGGCCGGUUUAAGAUAGCAGACGUACGGGACCUCACCACCGGGUACGAUUCAUCGCAACCGGACGGAUGCGCGGUGCUACCGACGAGCAAGAGCUCGCAAAUGAUAACGUUCUCGUUCGAAAACGGUGCCGUCGUGACGCUGCGGACGAGCGGCACCGAGCCAAAAAUCAAGUAUUACGCCGAAAUGUGCGCCCAGCCAGGACAACGCGACUGGAACGGCUCGAGAAACACCCUGCAGGAGAUGGUGAACGUCAUCGUGGAAGAGCUGCUGCAGCCGAAGGAAAAUAAUCUUACUCCAAGAUCCGACUAGGGUGCGAACGAGCAUCGAUUACAUUCGGUGGUCUGCGGUACGCCAUUUUCUGGAUGCGUAUUUUUUGAUCCAUCUGACACUGAUCUUCACCGUAUCUUUUGCGCGAAUCCAUACCACGCACUUAAAUGAUAACGGUGACACCUCACACUCUAAAUACAUAAGCAGAAACAGGUUGCGUUUGGAACUGGCGUACGAGAGACGAUCGUACAGCUGGCUGUAAUCUCGAAUGAGGAAGAAAUGAGAGCUUACCGAGGCAUGCAUUAAUUGACAAUUAUUUUACUAUCUAGAAAUAAAUCAGAAAAAUCGGUCCAACCGGAAGGUUCCGAACACAGGACGCAACUAGCGACGUAUAGUGGUUUCGCUGCAUUGAUACAGUUCCUUAGCGGAUGAAGGCACGGAGGCGGAUAUGCAGUCCGUAAACAGCAAAAUGCUGUUUGCUUGUUCUUACAGUCCGAACACAUUGUUCGUAAAAAUGUGGUAAUAUUUAUUUAAGCGUUUUAAUGAAUGACACGUAGAGAAGCUCUGUAAUCAGCCAUCCCUCGGGAAUCGUAUUUAUCAUUUCCAAACCGUACGAAUAUCUAUGCUGUAAAACCCAAUGUAGAGAUAAUA